AUGAUGUUUAUUUGUUUUGUUUUGCUUGCACUAAAAUUUGCAAUGUCAGAUGUGGUUGUACAGAAUGUAUUAGGCUACGAAGCCCCAAUACGUGAGAUUAUAUAUCGAUUUGAAUUAAAAAAUUUUCGGGAUCGUUUUGACCUAAAAACUGGAAUUCCAUUUAAUAGUACACAAUGCCCAGGUUAUGAUAAAAUGUUAAGAGGAGUGCCUGCAAAUAUUGAAGGCUUUGUAACAAGAAUUCCACACAUGUCAUUGGAUUCUGAUAACAAAGGAUCAUUCUAUGAAUAUAUUAUUCAGAGACUUGAUAAAUCUCUUCCAGAAUUUUUGGAUUGUCCACAAAUUUAUAAAUUCCUUAUCGAUAAACACGGUGUCCCCUUGCCUAAGCCUAAAAGUAUUCCAAACAUUAAAAGUUUAGACGAUUUAAAAAAUUAUAUGAAGUCCCACAACAUCGACGUUACUCAUAAAGGUUCAAUCCCGGGUUCUAAUCACUAG